AUGUUUUCAGAUCCUCAGUUCCAUCCCUUAAAGAAAUUAGUUUACACUAAAUUGAAUAUUUAAGAAACAGAACGCAUUGAUAUUUCAUCGAUUUUGGAUGCUUAUGUUCACAAAUACCAUGGCCAUUCUCUACUAAGAGAUGAUGUCUUUUUAAUGUUGGCCAUUAGUAUCAUAAUAAAAAAAAGAAUGAAGAAAUUGAAACAAUAGAUUCUAGAGGCCAAGGAAUCCAUUUUCAAUGAUAAUAACAAUAACAACAAUAAAAAUUAAAAUUUGGUUACUCCUAUAGCCAAAAAGAGAAAGGUCUAGAAAUAAAGAAGAGAAUAGGUAGUGGUUGACAAUUAAUUAAUCAAGUUGCCUAAUUAUUUUUCAUAAACUUAAAAUUCAUAAUUAGCUAAGGAAGAAUCAAUAUUAUUGCCUGGUAGUUAAUAAACCUCCUUCCAUUCUUAAUAAUAGAUGAUGCAAAUAGAAGAGGAAGGAAUUGCUCCUGAAUAGAUCUUUGUUCCAGAUUAUAGAGAUUUACUUAAAAAUUAAGGUCUUAUGCAAUAAUUACAUCAACAGGAUGACAAUAUAUUUUAAACAGAGGUAAAAUAAGCAAACAUAGAAAAUGGUGUUGUUUAUAAUUUGUAUCAAUAAAUGUUAGAAUAAUUGCACAUCAGUAUUGAUGCUGAAAGUGUGUGUAAUGAAGAAUGUGAAACUAAAUAGAACACUAGAAAGAAAAUUAAAGUUUAAAUGGAUCAAGGGAUCAGAAAAUAGAAGAUUCAAAAUUAUAAGAGUCAAUUUUAUGAAUUGGAAGAUGAAGAAUCUCAUUUAUUGUAAAAACUGGAAUCAUAUCUUAUCAAUGAAUAUAAGAUUUAACACUAAGAUUAACUUGUCAAUUAGGAUGAAAUGCUUCAAUAGAUUUUCACAUGUCUCAAUGAUUCCAGUUACUAAAAUCAAUUAUUGUCUAUGGUUAGCAUUUUGAAUCCAGAAGAAAUCUACUUAAAUCAAUCAUGCGAAAGCAACAAUAAGUCAAAUGUCUCGGUGAAAUCAGUUCUUAGAAGCAGGAAUCUAAGUGAGGACUCUAUUAAAAGUUUAAAGAGAAUUCACUUUGUUGAAGAAUAACAUUUAGAGGAGAUAUAAGAAGAAAUGUCCAAUCACUACAACACUUCGAUGUCACUAUUUUAAGAGAAAUCUAGUUAUGACAAGGCAGUGUAAUUUUAUCAUAUACUUUGUGAUGCUCAAUCUUUAACUAAUGUGAAGAUUACUUAGUUAAAUGUUGAAAAGUUUGGACCAAUAAGUAUUUAAUAUAAAUGA